AUGGAACCAAUUAGCCCUCCACAGAAUAUCGCCAUCAUCGGUGCUGGUAUCGCUGGUAUCGCGUGCGCAUUGUCUAUAUCCCGGGAACUCUCUCCAUUUGUGCCGAACCUGAAAAUUACAGUCUACGAGCGACAUGACAUAUUAUCGACGUCCGGUGGUGCUAUCAAUUUGACCCCCGUCGCACAAAGACAUCUCGCCCAACUAGGCGUGCUAGAUGAGUUGGACCGGAUGGGUCCCGAGGGCGGUGCCGAUGUUGAUGCCAUUGAACUCUUCUCUAUGCGUUCGGGCCGCCCCAUCGGCUCCAUCAACUUCACAGACAACCAGGGAAAAGGAUUUGGUGGAUACAAGGGCCGAAGAGUCAUGCGGAUUGCUUUAUCCGUAGCCAUGUUAACCGUGGCGGAGCGGGCUCGGAAUGUGGAAAUUGUCUUCGGCAAAAAAGUGAUCGGUGGCGAGGAAUUCGAGGAUCGAGCCGUUGUGCAUUUUCAAGAUGGCACAGAGGCAGUGGGGGACUUAAUCAUCGGUUGCGAUGGCGUCCACUCGGCGGUCCGCACCCGGUUUGUGGACGUCGACCGACCCGCUGAGUACACGGGCCUGUCGUUUUUGCAGGCCACGAUUGACUCGGAUACAAUUUCAUCCCGCACUCAUUUCCGCACAUCUUCGCUCAAUAUCUCGCGACAUGGCUCAAUUCUCGCCAGCUAUUGUGACCGUGAGUGUGAACAGAUCUUCGCUGCUGCGAUCAUUCAAUUUAGUCGUGAAUCGCUGAGCCGCUAUCGACUGGAGCCCGGUCAGGAUUGGGCCACCCAGCACAAAAUUCGCUGCGCCCUCCGUGAGGAGAUCAGAGAUCGCUUUGGCAAAUGUGCCAUUCCCUGUAUCAAAGAAAUCAUUGAGGGUAAAGCGGACUGGAUGCUUUACCCCGUAUAUCAAGUUCGCCCCGGAGGGCGUUGGUGCCUGAAUCGAGUUAUUUUGCUGGGCGAUGCAGCACAUGCGAUGCCUCCGCGUGAUGAAUCGGCUGCGUACGCACUUGACGACGCAAUCUUGUUCUCUCGAAUUCUAUCCAGCUACCGUUCGGAGCCUCUGACCGAGGCUUUUGACGCAUACGAGACUCUUCGUCGCGAUACAAUCAACCAUGCAUUCAAAGAAUCCCGUCGUAUGUGGGAACGAAACCGUGAGAUGGGAUUCUUAGAGGGCAGAGUUAAGGAAUGGAUGAUGACUUUCCAUCUCAAAACCCACGAAAAUGCACGUGAGGCCGCAUGGGCCUUUGACGCAACUAAGAUGGCCCUCCCCACGCCAGCACCCAGUGAAGACCUGGUUUCAUUGAAUUCAUUUUUGAGAGGCCGGACUCUAUGA